AUGUCCGUCGCACGAGCUGUCUUUGUGGUCUUCGUGGGCGUGGUGGCCACCUGCCUUGCGGCCCUGCCCUGCACAGCGCAACAGCCCAUCGCCAUAUCCGAAAACUUUUCUUCACAGCUGAGCUUUAUGGGACUCAAGCAAGAGUGGUACGUUGACUACGACGCUCAGCUGCGUGCCACCAUCGAUUCCGCCAGCGGCCUUCGCUCCGUCCAGAUCAACAGAACGCUGUACAACAUCAACGUGGCAGCGCAGCACUGCAUCGUCUCCCAGCUGAAGGACGGCAUGCAGCCCAUGUGGGCGUGGCUCAAGACGGCCAACUACUCGGGGCGCUGCGGCUUCGGCGAGGGCAGACGCUACGACGCCAUCAUCGACCGGAACACGCAGUACAGCUUGUGUGCGGCGCGUCCCAACGGCCAAACGGAGUACCUCCCGCUUCAGUUCCUCGUCCAGCAGGAAUCCAGUCAGACGCAGUUCCUGUUCUACGACUACUUCCCGCUGGCGCCGGGUCGCGGCAACUUCACCGUCCCGGCGUACUGCCCCUCGCCCUCGCCCGCUCCUCGCGAAAGCCAUCGCCAGAGUUGA